AUGAUGCUGGCCGACAGUCGCGAGCGCGCAGAGAUCAUUGCAACAACCGGGCGAUCACAUCCGCGUCCUCGGGCUCAGAGGUUGUGGGCGCAGGAGACGCUGUCCGAUUGGUGGGCAUGCUACGCCGACAAACUGGAAGGUGGUGCGAGCCAAAGUGUGGCAGAUGAAGGUGAUGGACUCUGCCACGCAUGUUCCACAUUUCUUGGCUGUUUUAUCUUCAUUGCGCUGCUCGGCCUUUUGCAAGAGCAUUUUUUGAGCAGCUUGAGUGAGACGUACCAGGCAACCUGGAACGACCUUGGAUUGGCUGGAGUGGAGCGUUGUGUUGAGGAGAUAGAUGCAACAAAGAGCAACUUCUUCUUGGCCCCUGCUGGAAAGCUUUUGCCGAAGUGUGCCAUCGACUCAAUGCUGGUUUGUCAUGCCAUUUUGGCACUCAGCCAUUCGCAGCUCUGCAGGUCAUACCAGGGGAUGCUACAACAAAAUAUCGCUAGGUCUAUCGAGCUGUCAGAGGAGAUCCCAUGUGGUACUGGAUGUCCCGGUGGCAUGACGUGCAAUCCGUACGACAGGUUCUGCUACUUCGACUUUCCCGAACCAUCCGCAGGAUGGACGAUUCAACCUGGAGCCACGGUGGAGCUCUACACUCCAAAUGUUGCUGUUCGCCAGGGCAACGGCGUGGUCGCAGACUGGAGCGGCAAACUGGAGUUCUACCCCAACGCCAGCAUGGACAUGGGGCCUCCGGCGUCAGCUCUCUGCAACGGACAAAGCAAGUGUCCGACGUACCAGGGACUGAACGGAGUUGCCACAGCCGUCGAGUUCACCUUCGUUCCACAUGGUGCAGAUUUCUAUGAUGUUUCGAUCAUCAACGGUUUUAACAUUGGCAUCGAGAUGAAGCCUGACGGAUCCUUCCGACCUGUUGUCCGCUCAGGUGCCGACAGUAGGGGCUACAACUGCGGAGCAGCUGGAGCUCAGGCCCAAGCAGACAGGCGCUUGUCAACUUGCCCGUGGGAGUUCUCCAAGCGACUACAGGCGCUGGGACAAGCUGACAUCAGUCCACUGCUUACGCAAGUCGAUGGGGGAUAUGGCUACUGCCGGACGCAUGGAGAUUGCCAGGGGCAGGACAUUGUAUGUGGGCAGGUUGCAAAAACGGUUUGGGAUUGGGUGGCGAGAGUGUAUCGUCCGACGACACAGAUUACAAUGGAGUGCGGCCAUCGGAUUGGCGUGUGGUCAGUCUACCAGCUUUGUGUCUGGAGUGGGAACACGUAUCGCAGCCCUGCCCCCUUCGAUGGACUGAUCGAUUGCCCUAGCAUGCACUACAUGUUUGCCUGUGCUGGCCCCGCUCCCUGGACAACAACGUGCUACAAUACUGUACCCGCUGGUGGUGAGUGCUGUGGAUGUGCCAACUGGACAGAAGCACUGGGAAUUCCUAUACCGGAAGGUGGCAAAGGCUGCCAAGGAGCCAGUCAGACAUGGCAGGUGACCGCUCAACCUUUCUACGAGAUUCUGAAGGCCGGCUGUCCGACGGCCUACACCUUCGCAUUCGAUGAUGAGACCAGCACCUUCACGUGCCGAACUGCGGAGAGCCAGGAAGAUGACACUAUUCCCAACAGGGCGGGCUACAACAUAACACUUUGCCCGACGGACCCGGACUUCGAGGAGCUGGGUGGAGGAGCUGACCAGGUUUGCAGAGGCGAAGCUUGGUGGGACAACAACAAUAUGUACUUUGUCCUCUUUUCUGGCCAGACUCUGAGUGAGUGCAAGAUGAGAUGCCGCGAGACAGAUGGUUGCAAGGGCAUUGAGUAUGGCCCCUUUGGGCGGUGCGAGGUUUGGACACGGAGUGCUGGCAUACAGUCGACCAGAACUCUGGCAGGCUACAAGUGCCUCCGCUACGUCCCAUUCGAGUUUCAGCAAAUGGGAACGGGCAAGGACGAAGCUUGUCGCGGGUUGACAGCACGCGACAGUUCAGAACACGAUUACAUACUCUAUCAGAACGAGACGUUCAGUGGCUGCCAACGACGCUGCCGCAUUGCUUCGAAUGUUUGCCAGGGCAUCGACUUUGGCCCGGACGGCACAUGCGAGGUAUGGACUCACAGUGCAGGCAUCCAAGCGACGGUUCCGGUGAUGGGGCAUUCUUGCUACAUCUUUGCCCCAUCCGACUUCGAGAGCGUGGGUGGGGAGAAUCAGGCAUGCCGCGGACGGACAUGGUACGAUAAUUCGCCUUCGUACUACACCCACGUUCGAGACCAGACCCUCGACUCAUGCAAGAGCCUCUGCAGAGGCAUGGGGACCAGGUGCAAAGGAAUCGAGUUCGGUCCUUUUGGAAGAUGCGAGUUAUGGAAGCUGGCAAGUUUUGAUACAGGCAGCUGUGCUGGACUCGUCAAGAUCCUGCCUGUCAGCCUGGAGCUACAGGCUGCCCUGGCGGUUGCAGCCACCAUCGCCGCACAAGAGUUGAGCGGAUCGGUUCAUCCGGCAGGUGCUGCCAAUGCAGUCAUCUUCUUGGAGGCUCAGUCAUGCUCAUGGCCAUCCUUUGCAUGCAUGUGUGCAAGUGCCGCGGUGCUCUUGGUUGCGGCUGAUGAGGUGAACAUCCGUCGGGCGCAGAGUCAUCCUCCGAAAUUGACGUCGCAGGAUUCAGAUACCAGCCCUGUUCGAAGUCGUGAAGCAGCCAAGUACUAUGUCAGCCUUCUGGAAGCCUUCAUUUCCGAUCCCGGGUCGAAGCUACCAGAGACCGCCGACUCGCCUCCGAAACGGGGUGAAAACGAGACCGAGAGGCCCAAGCAGCGGACACCGCCGUCUCAGCGCACAGCAGGCAUCAGCUGUGCUCAUCGGGAUCCCACCGAGCACUCGAAGUUGGACCGUGCUCAGCGACAGUUGCUGUGCUGCCUCGGGGAGGCUGAUCUGCUCAGCUACCUCAUUCAGCACUUGCGUAGUCGAGCCACGCUGAUGAAACUACCUCCCGCAGCAACGGAAGUUGUGCGACUUCUGGAGGGGCGCCUUGCCAGACUUCCUGUCUUGCCCAAGACAGCGGGUGCACAACCGAACGUGGAGUUGCUCCGCAAGUCGUUUGAGCAGAUGACUUUCAUGCGACUCCUGGACUUUGUGCCCGCCCACUGUAAGGAGCCGCCGGUCUUGUGGACGUCACUGUUGGGGGGGGGGGGGGGCCAAGCGGCUGCGAAGAGAACUACAGAGUGA